AUGGCGCUGUUAGUAGUUACCCAAUUUGACAUCGAAGAUUGGUCUCUAUUUCCUAUUGUUAAAAUGUACUCUGUGAACUUUACGCAAAAUAGUUUUAUGAACUUUACUUCUGGACAGUUUACAGACAAUAUAAAUUCCGGCUUAAAAUAUCAUGACUUGGACAGUAAGUUUAAUAGUUUUCAAGUGCAUAAUUACGACAAAAAAGCUUCUGGAAGCACAGUGACGUCGGAAAGUGAAAUAAAUUCCAAGGACAACAGUGCAGAAAAUACAAUAGAAUUCCUAUCCCAUGAUGACUCAGUAUCGGACUUGCAAAACUCGAAUGUUGACAUCGCUUCUAACAUGGACAAGAGCAAGAGGAAGCCGGAGGACAGCAGUGCGAGGUACAAAUGUGAAUAUGAGGGUUGUGAACGCACAUACAGCACUGUUGGAAACCUGCGCACACACAUGAAAACACACAAGGGUGAAUACAGAUUCAAAUGUCCGAUGCAAUCAUGUGAGAAAGCAUUUCUAACGUCAUAUAGUCUGAAGAUACACAUUCGCGCGCACACGAAGGCAAAACCGUUCGCUUGCACCAUUGGGUCCUGCAGAAAAGCCUUCAAUACGCUAUACAGAUUAAGAGCUCAUCAUCGACUGCACAGCGGCGACACUUUCAACUGCACUGCAGAUGGAUGCACGAAGUUCUUCACGACCCUUAGCGACCUUAAGAAACACAUACGAACACAUACACAGGAGAGACCGUACAAACCGGUAGACCUCACAGAAUACCGGCGUGAAACAACCCACAGCGUUGUGUUUCGCCGUAUGAGUGAAGUGAGGUUACCGGAGGUCCAAUCCCUCCCCUUCCCCUAUCCCCAAAAGGCCGGCAACGCACUCGUAACUCCUUUGGUGUUGCGGGCGGCGCCGAUCGCUUACUAUCAGAUCAUAACGGAACCAGUUAAAGACGUCAUUGAACCUGUACAGAAACAAAUACAGCCGACCAAAACAAGCGAAGAUGUCAUGAACUGGGACAGUCUACUCGAAUCCUUUGGCAGAAUCACGACCGAAUCCAACUCAACCGAUGGCAGUUUGGAGGACAUCACCAAAGUCAACACUGUCGACAUAACAGAACUCCUUUUCCCAGACAACAAUCAAAACCUUAAGAAUAUAGAAACCGAUGACCUCGCAGUAGACUAUGACCUAGCCAGUCUAACUCUAUCGCCAUUCGCAGUCGAUAAAGUUGACAGGAAAAGUCUUACAGAAGACCCGUGGGUCGAUGUAAACGAUCUGCAACCAACAGUACCGCUACAAACACCCGAGAUAGAGAUGACACAUCCCAAGCUAGAAGUCAAGUCUAAAGCUAUGCAACUGGCGCUAGCCAAUGAAAUCGAAGACCAGGCGCCGUGGGUGGAUGUAAGCGCUUUAGCAGCUUCAAUAUCAGAAACCCCAGUUUGCAUCGAAGAAAAAACUCCAGAAAGCAUUUUCACAAUGGCAACAUUCGUACCAACACACAUGCAGAGUUACAUAGACCUGAACACUGAAGUUGCACCGACCGCUAAUCUUAUAACUCACGACUCAUUCAAUUUAGAUACUCCAAGUGUUCUAGACGUCGGCGAUAAAGUGUUCAACGACAGUGAAAUAGUCACUAACCUCGAUACAAAUAAAAUAGAUACUGACAUCGAUUUAUUCUUAGGCUCUGAUGAAGAUAGAUCUCUGAACACACCUCCUCCGUCCAAAGUAAGGCAAAAUAUCGAAAUAAACCCAGCCAACUCGGUUCUCUUCAAUACGGACUUAGAUUUGGAAGAUACAUUAUUGUUUGAUAAUGAACCUCCCUCUGAUAUGUAUGUAGUGAGGACUGAGAAUAUAUUUGGUAAGGUUCCUAAAAGGAAUACUCUGGAACAGCUGGCGGCUGACGCUGGCAUCUGUUCGUGCAUGACCUGUGAGUGUGAUCCUUCUGUUGGAGAGUGUAGGGGCAAUUGUUCUGAAGAAGAACCUCCUGUGGAGCCUCCUAAGCCGCAGCAAUGUCUGGAUGAUACGUGUUCAUGUAUUGACUGUAAAUGCGACCACGAAGCUAUGAAGUGCGCAGUAGGUUGCGGGCAAGCUACUGACACAAAUCACAAUACAUUCUUACAUUACCAUCGGCGACACAAAAAUUCAAACUUAGAAGAUUUAGGAAUUUUCACCGUCCAUGAAGGUGAAGACAGUUUUCCAUCUUCAGCAUUGAUGAAAAGUUUCGCGUGCUCGUGUAGUGGACAUGGAUCUGGUGGCAAAUGUGGUAAGGAUCAUGAUGAACAGAAGUCGUCUUGCUGUGACAAGAAGGAAGCUCCUAGUAGUAGUUGCAAGACGCCUUGUAGUGCCAAAAAAUCCUCUUGUGGGGAUAAAAAGUCGCCCUGUAGUGAAAAUAAGUCUCCUUGCACUGGGAAUAAAUCGCCUUGUAGUGGUAAGAAGUCUUCGUGUAGUGGUAAUAAUACUCCUUAUGCCGGUGAUAGUCCUUGCAGUGCCAACAAGACGCCUUGUAGUAAACAAACGCCUUGUGGAGGUGAUAAAACGCCUUGUGGCGCCAAAAAGUCACCAUGUAGCGCCAAAAAGUCUACUGAAGAAGGUUCGUGUCACAACGCCAAAAAGUCUAUUUCCGAAGAAGUAUCGUCAUGCACGGUCAAAAAAGAAGCAUGCUGUGAUGGCGAAGAAGCUUGUUGCGUUACAAUAUGUUUCAAAAAACUUGAAGCUUUCAAACAAUUUCUUUCAGAUAACGACCUGAUACACGCUUUAAAAGCGCAUAAUUUCAAUCUAACAUCAAGUUAA